UAACGAUAGUGCAUUCGGUGCGUGUUUCAGUUGUCCCCCGCAGGUAUAAUGAAGAGCACCAGCACCAGCAUGGAGGAGCGGUCCAGUGGUUCACUGUACGGUUGGGUGCUAACGACGCUUUGUCUGCCGAUAGCGAUACCCUGUUUGUUGUUUCGAAUUCUCGCCAUGCUGCGGGAGAAACGGAACACUCGUAGCUUGAAUGGGAAGGUUGUUCUGAUAACGGGGGCAAGCUCCGGGCUGGGAGAAGCAUUGGCACACAGUUUCUUCCUGGCCGGAUGUAAGGUGGUGUUAGCGGCCCGCCGCAAAGAGGAACUGGAACGGGUUCGUAAGGAUUUGCUCGCGAUACACACGACCGUGCCAACUCAUCCUCCGAUCAUACUACCGCUCGAUCUGUCCGAUCUAAACAGUAUUGCCGGCAAGGUGCAGGAAGUGCUCGAGAUUCACGGUGCAAUCGAUGUACUGGUCAACAAUGGUGGGGUCAGCGUGCGUGGGGAUGCCCUCUCAACGGCCAUCGACGUCGACAUAAGAAUCAUGCUCGUCAACUAUUUCGGUACCGUCGCUAUGACGAAGGCGUGCCUUCCGUCUAUGGUGGCCCGCAAGGAAGGGCGCAUCGUUAGUAUCUCGAGUGUGCAGGGAAAGUUUGCGAUUCCACAUCGUUCGUCGUACUGUGCAUCGAAGCACGCCCUGCAAGCGUUCUGCGAUAGCUUGCGGGCCGAAGUGGCAAAGGAUAACAUCAAAGUGACGCUCAUUUCGCCCGGUUACAUCAAAACGGCCAUGUCGGUGAACGCCCUCACGGGAUCCGGAACGCCCUAUGGCAAAAUGGACGCUGCAACGGCUGCCGGAGCUACGGCGGAAAGCACGGCCAAGAACAUUGUGAAAGCGAUCACACGCGACGAGAAAGAUGUCGUAAUGGCCCCGAUCGCACCGAGAGCGGCGUACUGGUUACGGCAUCUGCUGCCGUCCGUUUACUUUUGGGUGAUGAGGAAGCGCGCCGAAAAAUUGACCGCUUAAAAGGCGUCGUCAAACAGACGUAAAAAUACAAUACAUUCUGUUCCAAUUCGCUUCCAAAGGGUCCUUUGGUUUUUAGGUGCUAUUUUUGAGGUUAUCUUUUUAUACUUUAGUGCGGGUUACGUAUGAGUUACGAUAAGCUCAGCAGGCUAUACGGUGUUGUCCUCG